AUGUAUAUUUUUAACCAGUCAACUCGCUAUAUUACUGGUGUGGUCAACGUAAAUUGGUUACCUGUCCUGCUCUCAUCACUUGUUGAUGGCACUACAAAACUUCUUGGAGUUCCAAAUGAAUCAAUGGUUAUUGGCAUGUGCUUUGACACGACAGCUUCCAAUACUGGAAAACUCAAUGGAGCUUGCACUCUUCUAGAAAAAGCCAUGGGACGUAAUUUAUUAUGGAUGACUUGCCGUCAUCAUAAGUUUGAAGUGCUGCUUGCCGAUGUAUAUAAUGUUUGUCUUGGACCAUCCACUGGACCAGAAAUUUUAUUCUUCAAAAGGUUUCGUGAAAAAUGGACAGAAAUGAAUCACACACCAGAAGUCAGAUCAAUCCCUUUGAUAAUUGUUUCAGAUGCAAUUAAAGCAUUCAUCAAAUGUCAACUUAAAGUCAGACAUUCACGAGAUGACUAUUUAGAGUUUCUACUUCUUGCUGCACAAAUAGUUGGGCUGCAGGUUGAUGUAGCCAUUCGCAAACCUGGUGCACUGCACAGGGCACGAUGGAUGGCAAAAGCCAUCUACGCAUUAAAAAUUGAACUAUUAUUCACCGUAAAUAAAACCAUUUUUAACUUAACAGCUCGAGAAUUACAAGGUAUUCAACGUUUGAAUCGGUUUAUCAUUUGUGUUUAUCUUCAGUCAUGGUUUUCAUGCAGGCUCACUGCUGAUGCACCUGUGAAUGAUAUUUUGUUGGUACAGCGUUUGCAUGACUACGACGAUGCAGUUCUUGAUUCGACUGGAUUAAAAAUGAUGCUGCGUCAUUUUUGGUACAUGAGUCCAGAAUUGGCAACUCUUGCUCUUUUUUCAUCUCUCCUGUCUGACAAAGAAAAGACUGAUCUUUUCCGCACAAUACAAGCAGAUCGAGGCCCACAUCUGAUGAAAACACUACCACAAAGUUUUGACAAUUUGCGUGCGUCUAAAACAUUUUUUGAAACAUCCAAUAUUGAUGCCAGUUUUCUUGAUGUACUUGUUAAAACUGCUCAGAUACUCCUUCUUUCCAAGUUGCAGCAGUGUUUGUAA